AUGUACCAACUUGGCCGGACCGCGCUUUCUUUCGGGCUUCUCGCCCUUUUCUCUGUCGCCAACGCGUCCCCCGAUCGCGCAGAGUGUCUCUUGGCUCGCAGCGACGAGCUCGCCGCCAUGGCCGCCUGUGGUGAUGCUGCCAAGCUCAGCCUCUGCCUCGCCAGCGUCCCUAAGGAUGCCACCGUCAGCGUAGUCACACAGUGCUUCUUCGACGCUGGCUGCUCUACCGAGGACACGGCCAUUGGGGCCGGUCUCGUGCUCAAGCAGUGCGAGCAGGGUCUUGAGGGCGCCGAGCUCCGUAUCCGAGGAUUGGAGAGCAUGCCCUACAUCACCGACGCACCCGUGCUUGCCGCCCGUGCCGACUCCAACUUCGUCCCCUCAAUCCAGUGCAGCACCGACACGACAAUUACCAUCACGACCUGCACCAGCGUCGUCAAUGGCGCCCAGACGAGCCGGACCUGCUUCCCCACCCCGAUGGUCACCCAGGUCUGCGACUCGGCCAAUGUCUGCAUGAAGGACCAGAAGGGUAUCGACAUUUGCAUGGUCCGCCGCAACAUGCCCACCACCGACGGCCUCGUCAUCACCAUCUUCCUGCUCGUCGUCUUCGUCACCGGCUGCGGCACCAUGAUCUUCCUGUGCUGCAAGGACUCGCGCGAGCAGAAGCGCAUCCGGGCCCAGCACGAGGCCGCCCAGAUUGCUAAGAGCAACAAGAUGGCCGCCGCCGCUUCGGCUCCUCCCCCCGCCGCUCCCGCUGCCCAUGGCCAGGACCCGUUCACGGAUCCCAGCGCACAGCACUAG